AUGCCCACCCUGAGAGAAGUAGAAGGCGCCCAUCGGGUCAAUGACCCGACAUGUGCUCCAUGCGGACCCGGCCUGACGCUCGGGGAACAACAGGAUGAGAAGGCGUCCUCCACUGCUAAGUCUUUGAUCAGGGGACUGUCGAUAUUAGAUCGAUUCCUGGCGUUGUUCGUGCUCAUUGCUAUGAUCCUUGGGGUAGUCAUCGGGGUGUAUGCGCCGGGCGCACAAGCAGCAUUCAGCGGUGCCGAGUUCGCCCACACUUCCGUCCCCCUGGCCGUCGGGAUGAUCAUCAUGAUGUGGCCACCCCUCACUAAGGUUCAAUACGAAAAGCUCCCUCGGAUCUUUACGACCAAGGCGCUGUGGACCCAGCUCCUCAUCUCCCUCCUCAUCAACUGGAUCAUCGGGCCCUUCGUCAUGCUCGCCUGUGCAUGGGCCGCACUGCCCGACCUCCCAACUUAUCGUACCGGUGUCAUCAUGGUCGGACUCGCGCGGUGCAUCGCCAUGGUCAUGAUCUGGAACACCCUCGCCGGCGGCGACGAGAACCUCUGCGCCGUGAUCGUCAUCAUCAACUCGGUACUCCAGAUCAUACUCUACAGUCCCCUGGCUGUAUUCUUCAUUCAGGUCAUAUCGAGGACCGCGUCUAUUGAGCUUGAGUAUGGAAUAACCGCCAUCGCCGUUCUAGUUUUCCUCGGCAUCCCCAUCGCUCUAGGCCUGACGACCCGCUUCCUCCUCCUCUGGACACUCGGCCGCAACUUCCUCGAAACAAAGUUCCUCCCCUACUUUGGCCCCGUCGCGCUCCUCGGUCUCCUCUACACCAUCAUCAUCAUCUUCGCCCAACAAGCGCGGCACAUUCUCGCCAAUAUCGGUCCGGUCUUCCGCGUCGUUGUACCCAUGUUCCUGUACUUUAUGGUCAUGUUCUUCGGGACGUUCGCGGCGAUGUGGUGGUAUGCGUGGAGGACGUACAAGAGGGGACAGAAGGGAUGGGCAAAGGGGAUGGGAUACAGAGAGGCGGCGGUUCAGAGCUUCACCGCUUCGUCGAACAACUUUGAAUUGUCGAUCGCGGUCUGCGUAGCCGUAUUUGGCCCUAACUCGGACCAAGCUCUCGCCGCGACAAUAGGCCCACUUGUAGAGGUGCCCGUCCUUCUCGCGCUGACCUGGGUCUCGAUAUACCUCGGGAAGCGGCUGCCAUGGCCACCUGUAGAGGUCGAUGCGGGAGGGCAGCAAGUGGAGAGUCUGGCGAGGACGAGUAGGCCGGAGCGAGAGGGCGCAGGGGAGAUUGAGCAGAAGAGUGGAGGAGAUAGAGAGUCUAUAUGA